AUGGAGGAAUGCAAGUCGAUGAGCACACCGAUGAAUCAAAAAGAGAAGCUCUGUAAAGAAGAUGGAGCUGACAAAGUUGAUGAAGGUUAUUAUAAAAGCUUGAUUGGAUGCUUAAUGUAUCUCACUGCAACAAGGCCUGAUAUUUUAUUUGUUGUAAGUCUCUUAUCUCGUUUUAUGCACUGUGCAAGUGAAAUGUAUUUAAGAGCAGCAAAGAGAAUAUUAAGAUAUAUCAAAGGUACUAUUGACUAUGGUGUAAAGUUUGAGAAGUGUCCAAGCUUCAAGUUACUUGGAUUCUCAGAUAGUGAUUGGGCUGGAUCCGCAGAUGAUAUGAGAAGUACCUCUGGCCAUUGUUUCAGCCUAGGUCAGGAAUAUUCUUAUGGUCAUCUAAGAAACAGGAAAUUGUUGCACAAUCAACUGCAGAAGCUGAAUUCAUAG